AUAUAGUACUCAACAUUUCAAUUAACAAAGACAUUAACUGAAAAACUUUCGCAUAAAACUAACUAAAUUUUCUCAUUUAAAAAUAAUUUAAUAAUUUUAUAUUUGGUGUAUCAACUGUAAUAAUAAUAAUUACAUUAAAUAUUAAUAUAUUCAACAUAAUGUUUCAAAUUAUUAAAUUUAAUUUUUAUGUUUCAAUAAUUACUUUCACCUUUAUACUUGGCUAUUGCUAUGCCAGCUAUUCAUAUAAUAUUUGCGAUAAAUCACUGCUUAAAGGGAGUCUUAAUUCAGUGAAUAUAAGUAAUUGUGAUCCGGAUUUAACGGAUAAAUGUAUUUUCAAAAAAGGCCAAAACGUCACAAUUACCGUAUCGUUUACUUCUCAUGAAACAGUGGAUUACUUGAAAGUUAAAAUAUAUGGUAUAAUAAUGGGUUUACCGAUUCCAUGGCCAGUGUUUCCCGACGACGCCUGUAUGCGUGGAAUUCAGUGUCCAAUAGCCAACAAUUCAGUUAAUACAUUCAACCUAUCGAUGCCCGUUAGUACGACAUACCCGAGUAUUCCGGUUAAUGUUAGACUAAGAUUAGAGGAUAGACUGCGAAACCCUUAUCUUUGCGUACAAUUUCCGGCAAAACUUGAAUCCUAAAUAAAUCGUUGAAAUAUACAGUAUAUUAUACAUCAAUAAAAUUAUUAUUUAUUUAAUAAUUUUAAUAACUAA